AUGCCACCAUCCAAGAAGAGAAAGACCAAGAAGGGAGCUGUUUCCUCUGACGAACCUGCUGCAGUCGAAGAGCCAGUUGUUGAACAAGUUGUAAAUGAUCAUGUUGUCUUAGUCACAGGAGGCACUGGUUUGGUAGGAAAAGCUAUAUUACAUGUCAUUGACAAUGAGAAAGAUCCACGAUUUGCAAGAAAAGACAACGAAAAUUGGGUCUUUCUCUCCUCAAAGGACGGAGAUUUGAGGAAUUAUGAAUCAGCAAAGGCCAUGUUUGAAAAGUAUAAACCGAACCAAGUCAUACAUCUGGCUGCUCGAGUUGGAGGCCUGUUUGCAAACAUGCACUACAAGGCCGAAUUCUAUCGAGAGAAUGCAAUGAUCAAUGAUAACAUUAUUCACUUGUGCUACGAGUUCAAGGUCAAAAAACUAGUGUCGUGUUUGUCAACAUGUAUUUUCCCUGACAAGACCACCUAUCCUAUCGACGAAACCAUGAUCCACAGUGGUCCUCCUCACGAAUCCAACUUUGGAUAUGCUUAUGCUAAGAGGAUGAUUGAUGUUAUCAACAAGGCUUACAACGAUCAAUAUGGAUGUCAGUUUACUUCAGUGAUUCCUACAAACAUCUUUGGUGAACAUGAUAACUUCAAUUUGGAAGAUUCUCAUGUUAUUCCUGGAUUGAUUCACAAGUGUUAUCUCGCCAAAAAAAACAAGACCAAGUUUGUCGUGUCAGGAAGUGGAACUCCUCUUCGACAAUUCAUUUACUCUCAUGACUUGGCACGGCUCUUUGUCUGGGUUUUGAGAGAAUACACCGAGAUUGAUCCCAUCAUUCUUUCUGUUGGUGAAGAGGAAGAAGUCACUAUCAAACAAGUAGCAGAUUCUAUUGUGAAAGCUGUUGGUUUCAAGGGUGAAUACACCUGGGACACGUCAAAAGCUGACGGACAAUACAAGAAGACAGCCAGUAACGAGAAAUUGCGCAAGUAUCUGCCAGAUUACAAGUUUGUGCCUUUUGAUGAUGCUUUGAAAGAUACCGUCAAAUGGUUUUUGAAGAACAUAGAUGCUGUUAGAAAAUAG